AUGGCGGCCGUCAAGCGGCUGGAGACGUGCCUCAGAGUGGCGGGUGCCGCCGGGGCGCGCCCGGAACGUUUCCUCAGUGUGCAAGAUGGACUGGCUGCUGACUUCAGAACAUUAACAAAGACUCUGUAUGAUAUGAAUAAAGCUCUGGGAAGUAAAAAAGUUCGUGGAGGUCCUCUAAAAGAGUUGGUGAUAGAAAAUUUUGAUGAUGAACAGAUUUGGCAACAGUUAGAGCUCCGGAACAACACAGUUCUUGAUUUCUUCAAGAAAUCCAUUGAAAGGGAUGCCAAGGAUGAAGAUCUUUGCCUUCUCACAGACCAAGAGGACAGCUCUGAUACAGGGACCAACACUGACCUUGAACUGCAAGACAACAUAAUGGAAGUGGAAACUGAUCAGAAGAAUGUUUAUACAAAAGAUAGAACUAAAGCUAAGGAAAAGCAAAGUAAACACAAAGAAAACAUAAUACAAAAAUGCAGUGAUGAGGAUUCUGAUAUUGACUUUGAUAUUGAGGCACUGGAGCAACAAACAAAAACAGCCAAGGAAACCACACUGAAAAAAAACGGGAGAAAAUCUAUAGUGGAUGACAAGUUUUUCAAACUGGCUGAGAUGGAAAUGUUUUUAGAACAUGCAGAGAAAGAAAACAGGGAGGAGGAGGAGGAGGAAGAAGAUAUUAAUUAUUUUGAAGACAUCAUAUCAGAUGAUGAGGAAGAAGAGUCUGAUGCACCUAAAAUCAAACCAGUGAAAAGUUCUAGGGACUUGACAUACAAAGAUUUCUUUGAUCCCAUCAAUGACAAUGAGGAUUUAGUAGACCAUGAUGUUGAAGAUGAGGAAGAAGCAGACAGUGCCACUGAAGAGCAAAAUGCAGAAAGCAUUUCUGAGGUUGAGGAUAUGAAUGAAAUCACGAUGGAGAAUAUGAGAGGUAAAGAACCCUCAAAAAAAGUUACUUUUAGUUUGCCAGAUGACAGUGAAACAGAAGAUAUUACUGAGAUGCCAUUAGAGAAGGACAUGGGUCCCAGUGAAGUCAAGUCAUCUUUUGAGAAAAGACAGGAAAAGAUGAGCAAAAAAAUAAAAAGUUUAGAAGAAGAGUUGUUAGAGGAAAAACCUUGGCAGCUUAAAGGAGAAGUGACUGGACAAAAACGACCCGAAAACAGCCUUUUAGAGGAAACAGUGCUUUUUGAUCAUGCAGUCCGAAUGGCACCCGUGAUCACAGAAGAAACUACUUUCCAGCUUGAAGAUAUCAUUAAACAGAGAAUAUUGGAUGAGGCAUGGGAUGAUGUCGUACCAAAAGAAAAACCAAAGGAGGAGGCUUUUGAAUACAAGAAACGCAUCACUUUGGAUCAUGAAAAGAGUAAACUGAGUCUUGCUGAAAUCUAUGAGCAAGAAUACAUAAAACUUCACCAGCAAAAGACUGAAGAAGAAGAAAAUCCUGAACACAAGGAAAUACAAGAAAUGAUGGAUUCACUUUUCCUGAAGCUGGAUGCACUUUGUAACUUCCACUUCACACCCAAACCACCUGUACCGGAAGUUAAAAUAGUUUCAAACCUCCCUGCUAUAAGUAUGGAAGAAGUGGCACCUGUUGCUGUUAGUGAUGCUGCUCUCUUAGCACCAGAGGAGAUCAAGGAAAAGAACAAAGCUGGUGACAUAAAAACAGAUGCAGAAAAGACUCCCACAGACAAAAAACGAGAACGAAGAAAGAAGAAGCUUCGUAAACGUAUGAAACUGAGAGAAAAGGAGAAACGCCAAAAGCUUCUUGAAAAGAUGAAACCAGAACAAGGCACAACACUUAGCAAAAAAUCUGCUGCAGCAAAAUUGAAAAAACUUACAAAAGAAGGAAAAGCUUCUCUGCUCAAGGAUGAAGGUAAAGACAAGGUCUUGAAGUCCUCCCAGGCCUUCUUUUCUCAACUACAGGAUCAAGUGAAAAUGCAAAUCAAAGAUGCAACCAAAUUAAAGAAGAAACAGAAGCAGCAGAAAGCACUCUCUGUUCAUAAACUGAAAUUGUAA